AUGGGCCCGUUUGUGACUUCUCAUGGGAUGAAAUUUAUACUUGUGGCGGUGGACUAUGUGUCAAAAUGUGUGGAAGCCAUAGCACUUGCCAACAAUGAACUGAAGAGUGUCAUUGCAUUCUUGAAAAAGAACAUCUUCUCCAGAUAUGGCACACCUAGGGCCAUUAUUAGUGAUGGGGGAUCUUAUUUUUGCAACAAGUUGUUCAAAGGGAUAUUGGAUAAAUAUGGGGUUCACAACAAUAUAGCCACUCUGUACCAUCCACAGACUAGUGGGAAAGGUUUGGUUUCCCAUAACAAAAUCAAGCAGAUACUGUCAAAAACGGCUAUGCUUGUUCCCAGGAAACUCGAGUCCAAGUGGACUGGGCCAUUCCUUAUCACUAAAGUGUUCCCUCAUGGAGCGGUUGAGUUGGAGAACAAGAAGGGUGCAAAAUUCACGGUCAAUGGGCAAAGAAUCAAGAUCUACCUAGGGCACGCGGAGAUUGUCGAUGGAGUGGUUCAAUCAUAUCUCCUUGAUGAAGUUUGA